AAGGCAAAGAUAGUCUGAUGCCAAUAGUGUCCAUGAGAGCUUCAACAUAAAUCUACUUAACCAGUUCGGUGCGUAUUCUACAACGACAGACGUAGCCAUCUAAAAUAAAACAGCUCUUACAACUCAUCUGAUGAAGGUUACCUUAUCACGUUACAAGGAUGUGGAAUUUAGUUUUAUGCGGCAUAUCAGGAAUAUUGUUAGGGUUAUUGAUUUCUAUGGAGCGCUCUAAAUAUUACUCCGAUGAAACAUUGCUGGAAAGAGUGAACAGAAACGAGUUGUUACUGAAAGGCGCAUUGGAAAAAUUAACUGAAACCAAUGCAAAAGUUGAAAACACUUUUAUGAAAUUAAAGGAAGUCAAUGCUGAUGCCGAGAUUAAGCUUAAUAAUGUCAUAAACAUUAUGGAAAUAAAGAGACAUGAAACUUUGGUGCGAAUAAAGGAAGUCAACGCUGAUGCCGAGGUUAAGCUUAAUAAUGCCAUUAACAAUAUGGAAAUAAAGAGACAGGACACUUUGGUGCGAAUAAAAGAAGUAAACGCUGAUGCCGAUGCUAAGAUUAAUAAUACCAUAAAACUUUUGGAAAUGAAAAGACAGGCCACUUUGGAGAGAAUACAGGAAGUCACUGCUGAUGCCGAAGUUAAGCUUAAUAAUGCCAUACAAAAUUUGGAAAUAAAGGGACAGGAUCUUGAGAAAAAGGUGGAAGCAUUCAUUCACUCUGUAACAGUUGAAGACAAUGCAGCUUAUUUCAAUUCACUCGUGAUCCAAACUGAUAAUGAACUAAAGGCAAAAACACGAUAUUUCGAUCAAACGGUUGGUGCUUUCAUCGAAUCUGCUUCACAGAAUGAAUAUCGGGCUGUUACUGAUAAGAAAUCUGCAGUACUGUUACUUGUUAAAAGGUCCGCCGGUGAAUUCGAUAUUAUGAAAGCACAUGCACCGCUCAUUAAUUUUCAAGCUGUACUUGAUUUGAGUGACGAUAGCCAUUAUUCAACCAACGACGCUUUCGAGUUCAAAAACGUUUUGGCCAACGCUGGUGGAGGCUAUAAUCCUGCAACUGGACUCUUCACGGCUCCUGUAGCUGGAGUGUACAUCUUCACUGUGCAACAUUGUCCAUACUAUCACGGCGAUGCCGGGUUUGAAAUCGUUCAGGAAGGCAGGGCGUUAAAGAGAUCAAUUCACAAAAGCUGGGGCAAGUUCACAAUUUGUGUCAACAUGCAGAUUGUCUCUAAGGUUGCCGAGGGAGAUAGAGUCUGGGUGCGAUCAACAUAUUAUGACAGUAUUAAAUAUCCGGAUGACAUUCGUUGGCACAGCUUUUCUGGUCUGUUAAUUCAUUCAAUGGAGAAGUGAUCAUAGUUGAAUAACACUAUUAUGGUAAAUUAUUGUCCGUUCGAAAUGCACACAGUCAAAAACAAUAGUACAUCGCUCAUAGACAAUCGAAACCCUCAUUACACUUAUUAGCCAAACAUGGCACAUUGUAGUAAGGAAAAUUUUGACUAUCGAUGGAUGAAAAGUCAUAUAUUUCAAGGUGUGACUCGAUUGCAUAUUAAAACAAGAAAUAAACGACAUCAAUCGUUUUUACUAAAAUAUAUAUCCCUUAAAACCAGAUUGACUUUUUAAAUUUAUAAACUGUUAUACGCGAACACAUGACCAAUCCAUUGUCAUCUAUCAUCAGUGGCAACUAAAUGGUCGGGAUGACAAAAGUUAAUUUAACUAAACCCGACAUUUGAGUGUGUAGUAAUGUAAAAGUGGUUUUCGUUAGAGAAUAUGCUAAUGAUGAAGAAUCCAAAUGAUGCCGGGUUGGCAUCUUUGGGGUUACAAGAAAUUCAAGAUGUCGUCAAAGACGGCGGCCAUUUUCGGUCAGAUUUGUUUCAACAUAUACAUAUGCAUUAUUUUAUAUAAUAUAAAUGGUGGCAAUAUAUGUUAUGUCCAGCUUC